UAUCUAAAUCUCAAAUCUAAUAAGCAUCUGAGGAACAAGAGAAUAAUGAUCUUCCGAACAUUAUCUAUUCUUGCUUUCUUAGAACUUCUAAUGACUGAAUCAGCAGGAGUCCAGCCUCUGGGAAUGCCUGGUUGUCAAGAGUUUUGUGGGAAUGUCAGCAUUCCAUACCCCUUUGGAAUUGGAGCAGGUUGCUACAUGAACAAAUGGUUUGAGGUCUCCUGCAAUGAAACUUUCACCCCUCCUACAACUUUACCAACCAGCAUAGAAAUUGAGGUGCUGUAUUUCUCUCUUGAUUCAAGCUUUGUUGCUGUCAAAAUACCAAUAAUCCGCCGGAACUUGUCUACAGAGUUGAAAUCUGUGAAUUUCUCAGGAAGUCCUUUCAUCUCCCCCUUGGGGUCCCCACUUGACACUGAGGAAUAUGUUACAGAUGCGUUUAACUGGGUGAUUACAGAGACACAGCUAGACAAUGCUUUUGUGAUCCUGGAUUUCAAGGCAAUCCUUAUCUACCUUUUGGAUGUCAAGAGUUCUGCACGUGAAGAGAUAACAAAGGUGGCUAAACUUGCAUAUCGAUGCUUGAGCUUGAGUGGUAGAAAACGGCCAAAGAUGAUAGAAGUUGCUGCAAAGUUAGAACAGAUUCCUCUUUCACAAAACUAUUCAAAUGGUCAACAAAAUCAUGAAGAGGUUAGGUAUGUCAACACUGAAGUAACCAAUGUUUGGGAUGGUGCCUCAACUUCAACAGGUUCAGGUUUGGACUCUGGAGUUGCUUUGUCAUUAGACAUGGAGUCAUGAAUUCCCAGUGAACCAUGGGGACUUAACUGAUUUAUCCUAGAAUGCAUUUAUUCCAUGUUGGGGGAUGUAAUAAGUUCUUUCUUUUUUG